UCACUCAAAGAGUCAAAACUCCAAACGUCUACCUCCCCGCACUAGCACAGUUACUUGUCAACUGGAACAGACUUUCUUUGUCCUGUCCGUACAGUCACCUUCUUCAGUCGGCACCACCGGUGACCGCCGAAGUCGAACUAAACCACCUGUCAGAGACGACCGGCUCAAACCCGCUCUUAGGGGCCAUGCAGAGCACGACCUGGAUCUAGGCAUGGGUUUUCCAUUUCAGGUUCUUUCAUCUACGGUUUGUCCAAACGAACACUUUUUUCACUGUGCCUAACCAUUGAACUUCUACGUUAGCCUUCGGUUUACCACCUCUAAGUUUAUAAGAAUGUGAAGUACUAAAUGAUUUUUAAAAGUUCAGCAUGCUUAAUAUGUGAGGUGGCAGUGAAGCAGAAGAAUAGAAGCACUGAUUCCAAGGACUGUUGUUUCAAUUUCAGAAAAACAAUUAUCAAAGAUUAAGCGUGCUUUUGUUGAGUGCAAUCUUGCUUUUAGCUUUUCCUUGUGUGGGUGUCCUGAUGAUACAUGAAGAAUAGCCUUUUGAUUCCUGCUAUGGGAGGAUGAUAGAUCAUCAAUCUCAUCAGGGAUUUGACUUAGAUGAAAGUGAGCUGAAUAUGCAAGCUGAAACUUAUGAAAAAGAUGGAAUGAUAGAAGAUGGGCUUCCGAAUAACUUAAAUUCAUGUGCAAGUGAAGCUGACAUGAUAUUGGAACAGUCUGUUGAAGAAUUACCUAUUGCCGAAGCUUUAGAACCAUACAUAGGCAUGGAGUUCAACUCACGAGAUGAGGCUAGGGAUUUCUAUGUUGUGUAUGGUAGAUGUAGUGGUUUUGUUGUACGAAUACACCAUAACCGUCGCUCAAGAGUAAACAAUCAAGUUAUUGGUCAGGAUUUUGUUUGUUCAAAAGAAGGCUUUCGUGCAAAAAAGUAUGUUCACAGAAACGACAGAGUUCUUCCCCCACCUCCUAUCACCAGAGAGGGCUGCCAAGCAAUGAUAAGGCUAGCUUUAAGGGAUGGAACAAAGUGGAUUAUCACCAAAUUUGUGAAAGAGCACAAUCAUAAGCUAAUGAGCCCCAGUAAAGUCCCAUGCCGGGGAUCUGGAAAGCACCUAGUCAGUGAGGACGAGAAAGAUAAGAGAAUUCGGGAACUAUCCCUUGAGUUGUAUAAUGAGAGGCAAAAGUGUAAGCGAAGGUGUGCUGCAUAUGAAGAACAGUUAAAAAUGAUUUUGAAAGAUUUGGAAAAACAUACAGAACACAUAUCGAAAACAGUUGCUGAUGUAAUUCAGAGCAUAAAAGAUAUUGAAGAUGAACGAUUAGAGUCAGAUAGUGGAUAGAGUUGGUGCAGCUUGUUCUGUAUUUUCUGUCAAUCCUAGUUUUUCUUUAUGAGUUGAUUAAGCCUCAAUUGCAUUUCACGACCCACAUCUUAAUAACAUUCCCUUCACCUAUGCUUGGAGUUAAAUUAAUCCUUGAAGUGGAUAAAGAUCUUCAAAGUCAGUCUCGUCUUUCUGAGAAAUUCAGUUGCUGGUGUGAGAUGUCCUGGCUCCAGUGCUUAAUCUCAAGAAAGUCUGAAAGUACAUCAUGGGAAUUUAAUUCUUCUUGGACAUAUGCAGUAUCAUCAUUCGCAGAAUGGAGGCAUUUCUUACUUGGCCAAAAAGCUGAGAAAGGUAUUAGCGUACUCUCAUCCACACAUGUAUUGUAAUAGCAUAAUCGUUUGUGCACUAACGUACAAGUAUUGUUAAAUAUGUUGAGACAGAAUUUUAAUUUUUAUUAUUUGGACUGCUGUAAGGUUGAUGCUUAAGUAUAUGUAUUCAUUUUGGUGAA